AUGGCGGGGCAAGCACAGCGACGUGCGAGUCGACAUUGGCUCGAAUUGCUCGCAAAGUACGAGGAAGAAAAACGACCAGGCGUGAUCAAAGCCGACAAGUUUACGAGGUGUUUGAACAAGAUGAAGAUCCAGUUGGACAAUCGGGAAGACUACGAAUCGCUUGCGGACUGUUUUAAGGUAAUAGAUGGGACUGGAGACGACAGUGACAACAAUAGAGAGCGAGUGACCCAACUCGUCGACUACGCGGCAUUUGUUGACUUUGCAUGCAACGUUCGAGACUCAGAAAAGCUGAGCGAAAUUGCCGAUUCAUUGCGUGAUAGCAUCUCAAAGUACGACGGAAAAAAACAGUCGUCAUCUUCCUAUAACUUGGCUACAGGACUGGAAAAACUCGAUCGCCAUAAAAGAGGGUGGAUCACUUCCACGCAGUUCGAGCGAGUUUUUCGGCGAGAGGACCAAGGACCAUCGUUUGAUCUAACUGCAUCACAAAUUAACACUCUUGUGGAUCGCUUUGAGUACGAGUACGAGAAGCAGCAACUUGGUAUCGACUACAUGCAGUUUGCGCAAUGGCUACAGCCACUUCUUCAUCUUGACGUGAAAAAAGUCCACAAACGGGUAAAGUUGCUGAUCGAAAACGCCGGAUUGAAACAUGGUUGGAAACUAGAUGAGGUUUUUAAAGCUAUGGAUGAUGAUAGAAACGGAGAGAUCGAUGCGGUGGAGUUGAAGGAAGCUCUGUUAGAAAUGGGUCUUCCCCUGACAGACGCUCAGAUUCGAUGCUUGGCGGACGAAUACGAUGUCGACGGAGACGGUAAGAUCCAGUACAAUGAGUUCAUAUCUUUAUUCACCUCGUCCGCUAAGAAACGAGCAGAGAUUAAGAAGAAAAAAGGAGAUAACCAGAGCGUUUGCACGGAAACAAGCUGCAAAGGGUGA